GAACGUUUACGGCAGGCAUUAGAAAUGCUAGGCAAGGCAUCAAGACUUCUAGUCAGAGGACGCAGACUAGAUGAGGCUGCAUUGUCUCUUCAAAAGGAAAAAAGUAUUUAUAAGGAAAUUGAAAAUUACCCAACAUGCUAUAAGAAAACUAUUGCUCAAGUCUUAGUUCAUCUUCACAGAAAUGAUUAUGUUGCCGCAGAAAGAUGUGUGAGGGAAAGCUAUAGUAUACCAGGAUUUAAUGGGAGUGAAGACUGUGCAGCUCUAGAGCAACUUUUAGAAGGGUAUGACCAGCAAGAUCAGGAUCAAGUUUCUGAAGUCUGUAAUUUGCCACUCUUCAAAUACAUGGACAAUGAUUAUGCCAAGCUUGGUCUUACCUUGGUGGUCCCAGGAGGUGGAAUCAAGAAGAAAUCGCCAAACACUGCACAAGACAAAGCAAGAGGACCAGCUGCAGUGGGCUCUCAUGCUGACGAGGAAGAGGAUGAAUAUUCUGGUGGACUAUGCUAGCUGCAGACAUAGGUUGUCUUAAAUAUCUGACUUAUUUGUGAUGUUGAGCAUAUCCAAAGGUACCAGACUUACCAGAGCUUCAUUGCAAUUGUGUUAUGGGAAUGCUAAUAUUAACUUGGCAGCUUCUGGGUACAAUACAGGAGAAAAAGCAUGAUUGUACCUAUCAUCUUGAAACAUCUUUGGGCUUCAUUUCUUACCUGGUAGGAAUUUCCUCAGGGCUCUGCCUUCAGUUGACGGG